CCAUUAACUCCUCCUCGGCUGAACGCUUUUAAGAACUUUUUGUGGCAAGAUAUUUCUGAAAUAAUCUAAUUUAACUUCAAAUGCAUUUCUCGACUUCGAUAAAAAGUGGUUCAGGGCCCCUUUAACAUAGGCCAGUCAUGGAAUAACUAAGAUUUGAAAACCUAGGAGAAUUUUUAAGUAGACCCAAGAAGAAAGGAAGCCGAACAGCAAAUAAGCUGUGUGUGCAUCUAUACCAGGCCUCCAAUAAACUAUUUACAUUAAUCCUUCCUUAGACUCUCUCCUGCAUUCAACAAUCUUGCUUCUGAAACUGACUCUGCCAAAGGAACCCAGAAGCUCCCUAUACACACGUAUGAAGUAGCUCUACCAUGGUUGUUUUCCUCAGCUUUUCCAGCUUUUUAAAUGUUUUCCAGGCAAUUCCUAUACAGUAGAACCCCGCUGAUACGUUUUUCACGGGACCGUAAAAAACAAAAGUAAAAGCCGGGAAACGCAAGAGCCGAAACACAGGAAAAAUUAAGAAAUGAAAGUAGUGUGGAACUGAACACAAUUUUAAUUCUUACGUGUAAAAAAAAAAAAAAAAAAGUUGUAGUUUUGCCCGAAAGCCGAAGCAUCGAUUGUGAUAGCAAAUUAGUUGACAGCUAUACGAAGUAAGGAUAGUGGUUUUAUCGUCCGUAUAGACGUGUAAACAUUCGCUUAUGAACUAUACAGUCAAACCUCGAUAUAUCGAGCACGGAUACUAUAUCGAAUUAUUGUGUAUAUCGAGCACUUUCUAUAUCACCAGGAAAAUCGCAUGCAUUAUUUUUUAUUUUGAACGGGGUCGGACGCAAAAUGAAUAUAUCGAACUCCGCCACCCCAGACCAUGUGCGCUCUGUUGACAGGCGGCGAGCUUUCUUGCACAACUCUCAAAGAUAGCAGUGGUGCGAUGAGCGUUUCCGACUGCUGCGCGCUAGAACUGUACACAUCGAUCGCGCCGAGGGCACCAUUUGAACGUAGCGGCGUACACACGCGGCGGCUUGGCUAAUUUGACGUCAACGACGCAUUGCAUUUGCCGCACUGACUCUUCGGUGCCGCUGCUAGUGCUGUCGUUGUUAUCAUGUGAUCGCAGUUAGGCCUGGGGCGGUAUUCUGUAAGAGUCUACCUAGUGGAGUGUCCAUUUCGGCUGUCGCUGAUUGGUUGCUUCCUGCACAUCAAGCAGCAGCUAAUCAGCGACAGCCAAAAUGGACAGUCCACUAGGUAGACUCUUACAGAACACCGCCCCUGGUGUGGUGUGGUUGGUGUCAUGAUGGCUGCAAACGCGAAGAAGCGGACAACCCUGACAUUUGCCGCAAAAUUGGAAGUCAAUCAGCGCGUUGAGAAUGGGGAAAAGAAGGCAAGCGUCGCCAAAGCUUUCGACAUACCAAGAAGCACGCUGAGUAUGCUGCUGAAAAACAAGAGCAACAUAAAGGCCAAGGCAGAACAGAACCAGCACUCAGGUGCGCGGCGUGUUCGCAAAGCUGCCUUUGAAGAUGCUGAGAAGUCGCUGCAUAAGUGGUUUGUUGAUGCAAGGGCCCGGAAUAUUCCUUUAUCGGGACCGAUUCUACAGCAGAAGGCUAAGAACUUCGCAUUCAUUCUCGGCACUGGCUACAACAUUUUGAGGCCCGCUUCAACAUUGUCGGGAAGACAAUCUCGGGGGAAAGUGAGGAUGCCAAUGACAGAGAGAUCAAGAAGUGGCUUGAACAAGAAUGACCCCAGGCUCUUGCCAAGUAUGAGCCGAGCCAUAUAUUUAAUGCGGACAAAACCGGCCUGUUUUGUCCAAAUGCCUUCGCGACAACCGCUCGACACCCGCGGGGACAAGUGCCACAGCGGCAAGCAAGGCAAGGCUCGCAUAACAGUUCUGUUGGCUGCUAAUAUGGACGGAAGCACGAAGCUACACCACUUGUCAUAGCCAAAUUUCAAACCCCGAAGUGCAUGCGCAACUGUCCCAGUAUUCCGGUGACAUAUGCCUGGAAUAAAAUGUCGUGGAUGACUCGAGACAUAUUCCAAAUAUGGCUGAAGGCAUGGGACUCGGAGUUGGCACAUCAGGGCCGGAACGUAUGCCUUAUCAUUCAUAAUUGCACGGCACACCACACCGAUGUCCAGAUGAACAAGAUUGAAAUCAAGUUUUGCCGCCGAACACCAAGUCGAAGCUGCAGCCAUUGGACCAGGGCAUUAUCCGCACUUUCAAGUCCAUCUAUAAGCGUCGGCUGAUCGACAUUUUGCUUUUGAAGCUCUGGAUGGGCCAAGAUUUUAAGAUAGACCUUUUGGGUGCCAUCCAAAUGCUGAAAGCCUCUUGGGACAACGUCAAGCAGUCGACCAUAGUUAACUGCUUUCAGCAUGCGGGUUGCGUUGGCCGCACUGAAGAAGCUUCCGAGGAAGCAACCGAAGAGGCAGGAUUGGACGAUAUGGAGGAAAAAUGCCAGCUUGAAGGAACCUGGUGCACGUUGGAGCGCUUUGUCGGUGCUGAGCCACAAAGCAUGUGCAUUGAAGACUUUGUUGGCGGUGAUGACAGCUCCGGAACAACGGCGGAGUUGACGGACGUGGCGAUCACAGUGGAGGUUGCUGCUGAGCGGCCAAAUGAAGACGCUGCCGAAGUUGAUCCCGCAAGCGCCGACGUUGCCCCGCUCCCGACUUCAACCGAGACUGUAGCUGUGUUGGCCCUUGUACGCUGCUACUGCGGCGCAAUAGAAGGCACCGGCCUAUCGCUUGUGGAUCGCUUAGACUAUGUUGAGGAUGCUGUGGUUAAGCACGCGGUUGCCAAUAAGAAGCAGGCUACAAUGCUGCAGUACUUUCAGCCAAAAUAAAUAAAUUGAUUGAUUUGCACAAGUUUUUGAUGCGUUUUUUAUGUGAUUUUAUAUAUCAAAUUCUGGCUAUAUCGAACUAUUUCGCGAACACCGCGCUGUUCGAUAUAUCCAGGUUUGACUGUAUUAACAAGCAUGGUGUCAACGUGCACAGGCAAACAUGAACAUCACACUCUAUGAAUGCGGACACGCGCUGUGAAACACUGGCACGAGGAAGCGCCGCAGCAGCAGCGAGCGAUGUGACCUUCGCUCUGUAGUCUAUCACUUCAAUGAAAACUGAGCGCCGAGAACACACAGCACGCACAAAGCUACGAGCCCCCGACGCACCUACACUGCCUAGACUCUGCCCCCAACGCAGAUCGCUUUCAAGAUACGGCCCACGCGACUGCGCACCGCCGUGCAGUACGCAGUUGAUGACAGAAUAGUACAACGCCGCCCGCUAUUCCUCCCUCCCCC